CUUCAAUUAUCUUUUCACAGAUUUUUCCGCUUGGUUGGUGAUGUUAGUGGCGAUAGAACGAGCAGUUGCAGUUGGUGUCCCCCACAAAGUGCGAUUCUAUUUCACUCGGCUGAGGAUAUACUGUGUAGCUAUCAUCUUCGGUUGCUUUCUUGCUGUCAUUAACUUUCACUUCUUCAUCACGUAUGAAUCUACACAGGGGUCCAACAAUACAGAACUGUUGUCCUGUGAUGUCAGCGUUCAGAACGACCAUCAUCACUUUGCUAUAAUUGUUUUCCCCUGGAUUGAUUUCUGCGUGUUCGUACUGAUUCCUGUCAUUGGC